CGAUCAGACAUCAAACACACCACAGCAGUCCAUCGUAUCACACAGCCAUACACGUACACCACUGCAGCACCACACACGUCACGAUGGCUCGUUUUUUGUGUUUGUUCCUGUCCGUCACCGUGAUAGCUGCCGCGGCGCUCAGCUCUCCGCUGAAUAACGACAACGACAAGCAACAGGACGUGACCAACAACGAUCUGGGGAUCACGGAACAACUUCAGGAGCUCAUUGAAAAACGUGACGUGUCCGUGGAACUCGGCGGUGCUACUGUGACCGUGUCACCCAGAAACUUGGAAGAAAACGAAUUGGGCCUCACGCUGAAGUUGCCCAGCUCUGCCGAACCCAGAAGCAAACGCCAUAAGCUGAAGAAGAUCCUGAUGCCCAUCAUGGUGUUCGUCAUGCUCAAGGCUUUGACCCUUAUCCCGCUCGCAAUCGGUGUGUUGGGCUUGAAGGCCUGGAAUGCCCUACAACUGUCCUUCUUCUCGUUCGUCAUAUCCAUUGGGUUAGCCAUCUUCCAGUUGGUCAAGAAGGCCGCCGAAUCUCCACCAUCUUUGACCACCCACGAUGCCGGCAUCUACGGUGCACCCCCGGCCCAUUACGCCAGGAGCAUCGAGGAACACGCCCACCAGUUGGCCUACGGUUCCAACCAAGUCAGAUAGACGCUGUCAAUCGACGUCGGUGCGACUGUUGCACAGCUGUUACAGCUGAUAGCUCAUGGACGCUGGGUCGUACACAAACGCUUAUUGGAUCCUCCGCGUAUCGUUACACGGAAAUAAUAAUAUUUAUUUACAUCGACUAUUUAUUACUACUAAAUUAUUAUGAACAACAUUGUAAAUACAGUAAAUUAUUAUCCUCAUUGUCUAUACAACUGGCUUAUUGUGGCCAUCAUUGUUUCCGAUUGAAAAAUAUUAUAGUAUAUUUUGUUAAUCUA